GCUCCAGACCGCGGAGUCACGGGACGGGACGCACCGACCAUGCCCUACGUGCUCAUCACCACGCAGAGCCGCGUGGAGAUAGGCCCCACCAUGGUGGGCAAUGAGUACUCGGAUCCGGAGCUGAUGAAGCAUCUGGGGGCCUCAAAGAGAAACGUCCUUGGAAAUAACUUCUCUGAGUACUUUGUCAAUGACCCGCCUCGCAUCGUCCUGGACAAGCUGGAGCGCAGGGGCUUCCGUGUGCUGACCAUGACGGCGGUGGGCACGACCCUGGUGUGGUGCCUGCAUAAGGAGUGACCAUGCCCUCAGGCCCUGCCCCUCGAGGCCCGCUCCAGUGACUCCUGCCGGCGCCUCCCCACGUCACCCCCCGCGGUCCAGCACCGAAGGGCAGUGAGGGGUCCUCGGAGGUCCUACUCCAGGGUGCCUCCCCGCCGCCCCCUGGCUGCAGACUUGGCCCUGGCUGGCGGCAGGCCAGGUGCUGGACCAGGUGGCCCCCGCCAGACCUGCCAUCGGAGAGGACAUCCCCAGAUCCGUCAGGCGGGGCCUUCAGAGCCAGUCUAAGCCAAUAAAGGACUCUGACUCCC